AUGGUCCAGCUCUGGGCAGGUUCCUCGUCCCUGGAGCUGUGCCAGCCUUGCAGCCUCAGCGUGGCUGCCCUGAUGUGGAACUUGCUCCCACAUGGAUCAGCAGCUCCAGGAGAAGAGCUGGGGCUGGUCUCCUCCUUCCAUCCCACCACCAUGGAAAUCCCCCCCAAGAGUCCUGAUGGGAGUGAGAAGUCUCCCCAUUCCAAGGAGCUGAUCACCAGUCCCACGGGCAGCACCCUGUGCAUGAGCUCCCGCAGCGAGUCCGUGUGGACCAGCACGCCCAGGAGCAAGUGGGACAUUUACCACAAGCCCAUCAUCGUGGUGUCCGUGGGAGCUGCCAUCUUCCUCUUUGGGACAGUCAUCACCAGCCUGUCCUUCUUCCUGACCAAGAACACAAACGUUUACAAAAUGUCUGGCCCGGCUUUCCUGUCCCUGGGACUGAUGCUCCUGGUGUGUGGCCUGGUCUGGAUCCCCAUCAUCCGCAAGAAGCAGAAGCAGAGGCAGAAGUCACAGUUCCUACAGAGCCUCAAAUCCUUCUUCUUCAACCGCUGA